CACACCCAUCCCAGAGAGCAGUAUCGCAUCUUCUUCGUCGAUCCGCCUGGACAACCACUUUGAAAGCUCUUUCAAACAACCCGAGAAAAUGGACACCGCAGGGGGAAAAGUGCUGGAGACAGCCGAGGACAUCCAGGAGCGUCGGCAGCAGGUGUUGGACCGCUACCGCCGCUUCAAGGAGCUGUCCAUCAUGCGGCGCACCAAGCUGGAGGACUCUUACCGCUUCCAGUUCUUCCGCCGUGAUGCCGAUGAGCUGGAGAAGUGGAUCCAGGAGAAGCUACAGAUUGCCUCCGAUGAGAACUACAAGGACCCCUCAAACCUGCAGGGUAAGCUGCAGAAACAUCAGGCCUUUGAGGCUGAAGUCCAGGCGAACGCGGGGGCCAUCAUCAAACUGGAUGAUACUGGGAACCUGAUGAUCACCGAGGGCCACUUCUCCUCGGAGACAAUCCGAACUCGUCUGGAGGAGCUGCACCGCCUCUGGGACCUCCUACUGAUGAGGACCAAGGAGAAGGGCAUGCGCCUCCUGCAGGCCCAGAAGCUGGUCCAGUACCUGCGAGAGUGUGAAGAUGCCCUGGACUGGAUCAGUGACAAGGAGACCAUGGCCACCUCGGAGGAGCUGGGCCAGGACCUGGAGCACGUGGAGCUGCUGCAGAAGAAGUUUGAGGAGUUUCAGACGGACCUGGCUGCGCACGAGGAGCGUGUUAACGAGGUGAACCAGCUGGCAGCCAAGCUGAUACAGGAAGCCCACCCUGAGGCGGAGCUCAUCGUCCGCAAGCAGGACGAGGUGAACGCCGCCUGGCAACGCCUCAAGGGCCUGGCCCAGCAGAGACAGGGCCGGCUGUUUGGGGCGGCUGAGGUGCAGCGCUUCAACAGGGAUGUGGAUGAGACCAUCAGCUGGAUCAAGGAGAAGGAGCAGCUGAUGGCCUCUGAUGACUUUGGCCGUGACCUGGCCAGUGUGCAGGCUCUGCUUCGCAAACACGAGGGUCUGGAGAGAGACCUGGCUGCUCUGGAGGAUAAGGUCAACACACUGGGUGGAGAUGCAGAGCGCCUGCAGCAGACACAUCCCCAAAACGCCUCCCAGAUCCACCUGAAGAAGGACGAACUCAUCACCAACUGGGAACAGAUCCGCACUCUGGCUGCAGAGCGCCAUGCCCGUCUCAAUGACUCCUAUCGGCUGCAGCGCUUCACUGCUGACUUCAGGGAUCUGACCAGCUGGGUGACGGAGAUGAAAGCUCUGAUCAAUGCUGACGAACUGGCCAAUGACGUGGCUGGAGCUGAGGCUCUGCUCGACCGCCACCAGGAGCACAAGGGAGAGAUUGAUGCCCAUGAAGACAGUUUCAGAUCCACUGAUGAAGCUGGCCAAGCAUUACUCAAUACAGGACACUACGCCUCUGAGGAGGUCAAGGAAAAGCUGGGCAUCCUCUCCUCGGAGAAGGAGUCCCUGCUGGAGCUGUGGGAGGUCCGCAGGCAGCAGUAUGAGCAGUGCAUGGACCUGCAGCUCUUCUACAGGGACACUGAGCAAGUUGACAACUGGAUGAGCAAACAAGAGGCUUUCCUCCUCAAUGAAGACCUGGGGGACUCCCUGGACAGUGUAGAGGCCCUGCUGAAGAAACAUGAGGACUUUGAGAAGUCCCUCAGUGCCCAGGAAGAAAAGAUCACCGCCCUGGAUGAGUUUGCUACCAAACUGAUCCAGAACAACCACUAUGCCAAAGAGGACGUUGCUACUCGCAGAGAUGCUCUGCUCAGCCGCCGCAAUGCCUUGCAUGAGCGCGCUCAGUCUCGCCGCGCUGCCCUGGAGGACUCCUUCCACCUGCAGCAGUUCUUCAGGGACUCUGAUGAGCUCAAGAGCUGGAUCAACGAAAAGAUGAAGACCGCCACAGAUGAGGCUUACAAGGACCCCUCCAACCUGCAGGGCAAGGUGCAGAAACACCAGGCUUUUGAAGCUGAGCUGGCAGCCAAUCAGAGCCGUAUCGAUGCCCUGCAGAAGUCUGGCCAGGAGCUGCUUGACGGAAAGCAUUACGCCUCCACUGAGGUGGCUGGCCGCAUGGAGGAAGUCGGCUCCCAGUGGAAGAAACUGCUGGAGGCCACAGAGCUCAAAGGUAUCAAGCUCCGUGAGGCCAACCAGCAGCAGCAGUUCAACAGGAACGUGGAGGACAUCGAGCUGUGGCUGUAUGAAGUGGAGGGACACCUGGCUUCAGACGACUACGGGAAAGACCUGACCAGUGUCCAGAACCUGCAGAAGAAGCAUGCACUGCUGGAGGCUGAUGUGGCAGCCCACCAGGAUCGCAUUGAUGGCAUCACUAUCCAGGCUCGCCAGUUCCAAGAAGCUGGACACUUUGAUGCAGACAACAUCCGCAAGAAACAGGAGGCUUUAGUGUCGCGGUACGAAGGUCUGCGCGAGCCCAUGGCUGCACGCAAGCAGAAGCUGUCCGACUCGCUGCGGCUGCAGCAGCUGUUCAGAGAUGUGGAGGAUGAGGAGACUUGGAUCCGCGAGAAAGAGCCCAUUGCUGCCUCUACUAACAGAGGCAAAGACCUGAUUGGUGUCCAGAACCUGCUGAAGAAGCACCAGGCCCUGCAGGCGGAGAUCACUGGCCAUGAGCCCCGCAUUAAGGCCGUCUCCCAGAAGGGAGAGGCCAUGGUGGAAGAAGGACACUUUGCCGCAGAGGAGGUGAAGGGGAAGCUGGGUGAGCUGCAUGGACGCUGGGACACGCUGAAGGCUAAGGCGUCCCAGAGGAGACAGGACCUGGAGGACUCUCUGCAGGCCCAGCAGUACUUUGCUGAUGCUAACGAGGCCGAGUCCUGGAUGAGGGAGAAGGAGCCCAUCGUGGGGAGCCCAGACUACGGCAAAGAUGAGGACUCUGCUGAGGCGCUACUGAAGAAGCACGAGGCCCUGAUGUCUGACCUGAGUGCUUACGGCAGCAGCAUUCACGCUCUGAAGGAGCAGGCUCAGUCCUGCAGGCAACAAGUGGCCCCAACUGAUGAUGAGACCGGGAAGGAGCUGGUGCUGGCCCUGUACGACUACCAGGAGAAGAGCCCCCGUGAAGUCACCAUGAAGAAGGGGGACAUCCUCACCCUGCUCAACAGCACCAACAAGGAUUGGUGGAAGGUGGAGGUGAACGAUCGCCAGGGCUUUGUCCCUGCGGCCUAUGUGAAGAAGCUGGACCCCACCCAGUCCUCUUCAAGGGAGAACCUGCUGGAUGAGCACGGCAGCAUCGCACUGCGCCAAGACCAGAUAGACAAUCAGCUGGUCACCAAGGAGGCCUGCAGCGUGUCUGUGCGCAUGAAGCAGGUGGAAGAGCUGUAUGGCACACUGUUGGAGCUGGGAGAGAAACGAAAGGACAUGCUGGAGAAGAGCUGCAAGAAGUUCAUGUUGUUCCGCGAGGCCAACGAGCUUCAGCAGUGGAUCAAUGAAAAGGAGAGUGCCCUCACUAACGAGGAGAUGGGCUCUGACCUGGAGCAGGUGGAGGUCCUGCAGAAGAAGUUCGACGACUUCCAGAAGGACCUGAAGGCCAACGAGUCUCGGCUGAGGGACAUCAACAAAGUGGCGUCUGAGCUGGAGUCUGAGGGCCUCAUGGCGGAGGAGGCCCCUAUGGUCCAGGCUCAGCAGCAAGAGAUGCUUGGUUCCGCUCCCGGCAAGGAUGAAGCUGAUUCCAAGACAGCGUCUCCAUGGAAGAAUAUACGCUUGGCUGUUCAAACAACGGCUAACUUUAAUACUAUCAAGGAGCUGAACAAUCGCUGGCGGUCCCUGCAGCAGCUAGCUGAAGAGAGGAGCAACAUGCUGGGCAGUGCCCACGAGGUGCAGCGCUUCCACAGGGACGCUGAUGAAACUAAAGAGUGGAUCGAGGAGAAGAACCAGGCCCUCAACACAGACAACUACGGUCAUGACUUGGCCAGUGUGCAGGCUCUGCAGCGCAAACACGAGGGCUUUGAGAGGGACCUGGCAGCGCUGGGAGAUAAGGUGAACUCUCUCGGGGAGACAGCGGAGCGUCUGAUCCAGUCCCACCCUGAGGCUGUGGACGACAUCCAGGAGAAAUGCACAGAGCUGAACACCGCCUGGAGCAGCCUGGUGGGGCGGGCUGACCAGCGCAAAGACAAGCUGGGCAACUCCCACGACCUGCAGCGCUUCCUGUCUGACUUUAGAGACCUGAUGUCCUGGAUUAAUGGCAUUCGGGGGCUGGUGUCCUCGGAGGAGCUGGCCAAAGAUGUGACCGGAGCCGAGGCCCUUCUGGAGAGACACCAGGAACACCGCACAGAGAUCGAUGCUCGUGCUGGAACCUUCCAGGCCUUCGAGCAGUUUGGUCAGCAGCUGCUGGUGCGCGGCCACUAUGCCAGUCCUGAGAUCCAGCAGAAACUAGAAGCUCUGGACCACGAGCGUGCUGACCUGGAGAAGGCCUGGGUGCAGCGCCGCAUGAUGCUGGACCAGUGCCUGGAGCUGCAGCUCUUCAACAGGGACUGUGAGCAGGCUGAGAACUGGAUGGCCGCUCGGGAAGCAUUCCUUGCUAGUGACGACAAGGGCGACUCCCUGGACAGCGUGGAGGCCCUCAUCAAGAAACAUGAGGACUUUGACAAGGCCAUCAACGUGCAGGAGGAGAAGAUCGCCGCUCUGCAGUCCUUUGCUGACCAGCUGGUCGGAGCCGACCAUUACGCCAAACCAGAGAUCUUCAACCGCCGCAAUGAGGUCCUGGACAGGUGGCGCCGGCUGAAGGCUCAGAUGAUCGAAAAGCGCUCCAAGCUGGGAGAAUCCCAGACCCUGCAGCAGUUCAGCAGGGACGUGGAUGAGAUCGAGGCCUGGAUCAGCGAGAAGCUGCAAACUGCAACAGACGAGUCUUACAAAGACCCCACCAACAUCCAGCUGUCCAAGCUGCUGAGUAAGCAUCAGAAACAUCAGGCGUUCGAGGCCGAGCUGCACGCCAACGCAGACCGGAUCCGCGGGGUCAUCGACACCGGAAACACCCUGAUCCAGAGGGGAGCCUGUGCCGGCAGCGAGGACGCAGUCAAGGCGCGCCUCAGUGCUCUGGACGAGCAGUGGCAGUUCCUGGUCAACAAGUCAGCAGAGAAGAGCCAGAAACUGAAGGAGGCCAACAAGCAGCAGAACUUCAACACCGGCAUCAAGGACUUCGACUUCUGGCUCUCUGAGGUGGAAGCUCUCCUCGCCUCUGAGGACUAUGGCAAAGAUCUGGCCUCGGUCAACAACCUACUGAAGAAACACCAGCUGCUGGAGGCCGAUAUCUCAGCACAUGAGGAUCGUCUGAAAGAUCUGAACGGCCAGGCGGACAGCCUGAUGGGCAGCCAGGCCUUCGACACCUCCCAGGUGAAGGACAAGCGCGAUGCCGUCAACGGCCGCUUCGCCAAGAUUAAGAGCAUGGCUGCCGGCCGCCGGGCCAAACUCAACGAGUCCCACCGCCUGCACCAGUUCUUCAGGGACCUGGAUGAUGAAGAGUCAUGGAUCAAAGAAAAGAAGUUGCUUGUGAGUUCGGAGGACUACGGACGUGAUUUGACAGGAGUGCAGAAUCUGAGGAAGAAGCACAAGAGGCUGGAGGCCGAGCUGGGGGCCCACGAGCCCGCCAUCCAGUCGGUGCUGGACACUGGGAAGAAGCUGUCUGAUGACAACACCAUCGGCCAGGAAGAGAUCCAGCAGAGGCUGGCUCAGUUUGUGGACCACUGGAAGGAGCUCAAAGACCUCUCUGGAGCAAGGGGACAGAGACUGGAGGAGUCGCUGGAGUACCAGCAGUUUGUGGCGAACGUGGAAGAGGAAGAAGCGUGGAUUAAUGAGAAGUUGAAUCUGGUGGGGAGCGAGGACUACGGAGAUACACUGGCUGCUGUGCAGGGCUUGCUGAAGAAGCAUGAAGCGUUUGAGACUGACUUUACCGUGCACAGGGACAGAGUCAACGACGUGUGCACCAAUGGGGAGGAGCUGAUCAAGAAGAACAACCACCAUGUAGACAACAUCAGUGCCAAGAUGUCGGCACUGAGAGGAAAAGUGUCGGAGCUAGAGAGGGCCGCCGCUCAGAGGAAGGCCAAGCUGGACGAAAACUCUGCCUUCCUGCAGUUCAACUGGAAGGCCGACGUGGUGGAGUCCUGGAUCGGAGAGAAAGAGAACAGCCUGAAGACCGAUGACUACGGCAGGGACCUGUCCUCUGUGCAGACUCUGCUCACCAAGCAGGAGACCUUUGAUGCUGGCCUGCAGGCCUUCCAGCAGGAGGGCAUCACCAACAUUACAGCGCUCAAGGACCAGCUGCUGGCUGCUCAGCACGUCCAAUCAAAAGCCAUCGAAGCUCGUCAUGCUGCCCUCAUAAAGCGCUGGAACCAGCUGCUGUCCAACUCCUCUGCCCGCAAGAAGAAGCUUCUGGAGGCUCAAGAGCACUUCAGAAAGGUUGAGGACUUGUUCCUGACAUUUGCCAAGAAGGCCUCAGCCUUCAACAGCUGGUUUGAGAAUGCUGAGGAGGAUCUGACAGACCCGGUCCGGUGCAACUCUCUGGAGGAGAUCCGGGCACUGCGGGAGGCCCACGAAGCAUUCCGCUCCUCGCUGAGCUCCGCACAGGCAGACUUCAACCAGCUGGCCGAGCUGGACCAGCAAAUCAAAAGCUACCAGGUGGUGUCCAACCCCUACACCUGGUUCACCAUGGAGGCCCUGGAGGAGACCUGGAGGAACCUGCAGAAGAUCAUCAAGGAGCGAGAGCUGGAGCUGCAGAAGGAGCAGAGGAGACAGGAGGAGAACGACAAGCUGCGUCAGGAGUUCGCUCAGCACGCAAACGCUUUCCACCAGUGGCUGCAGGAAACCAGGACUUAUCUUCUGGAUGGGUCGUGUAUGGUGGAAGAGUCUGGAACCCUGGAGUCCCAGCUGGAGGCCACCAAGCGUAAGCACCAGGAGAUCCGGGCCAUGCGCAGCCAGCUGAAGAAGAUCGAGGACCUGGGGGCAGCGAUGGAGGAGGCGCUGAUCCUGGACAACAAGUACACAGAGCACAGCACGGUGGGGCUGGCCCAGCAGUGGGACCAGCUGGACCAGCUGGGGAUGAGGAUGCAGCACAACCUGGAGCAGCAGAUCCAGGCCAGGAACACCACGGGAGUGACGGAGGAGGCUCUGAAGGAGUUCAGUAUGAUGUUCAAGCACUUCGACAAGGAGAAGUCGGGCCGUCUGAACCACCAGGAGUUCAAGUCGUGUCUGCGCUCGCUGGGCUACGACCUGCCCAUGGUGGAGGAGGGAGAGCCCGACCCGGAGUUUGAGGCCAUACUCGACACUGUGGAUCCCAACAGGGAUGGCAACGUGUCACUGCAGGAGUACAUGGCCUUCAUGAUCAGCCGAGAGACGGAGAACGUUAAGUCCAGUGAGGAGAUAGAGAGCGCCUUCCGGGCGCUCAGCGUAGAAGCCAAACCCUACGUCACUAAAGAAGAGCUGUACCAGAACCUGUCCAAGGAGCAGGCCGACUACUGCCUGUCACACAUGAAGCCCUACCUGGACAGUAAGGGCCGCGAGCUGCCCACAGCCUUCGACUUCGUUGAAUUCACCCGCUCGCUCUUCGUCAACUGAUCCCCGCCCCCCAGGGACCGAUCGGGAUGCGUUUUCCCACACACUUCAACACGAACACGGCUGAUACUGCAUGACUGUGGCACUAGGAAUACUCACUAUAACAACUGUCAGUCCUCUAUUUAUCUGCUCUCCUUUAACUCGGUGUGCUUCUCAUAGCAUAGUGGAUCCGUCUACAUUUGAAUGUGAUUGUUUUUAGCUGAUUUAGCUUGUGCUUUCGAUGAACCUUAUAGUCAAACUAAUGUUGUCCGUAACACCAACAACUGCAGUGUGCUUUAAUAAACGCUACUGGUUAGAACUGGAA